CAUCGAUGAGACUCUUUUAUUGCUCAAUUUCGAUUUUCCAUUUGACAAUUUGAUUUAAAAGUUUUUUUUGUUACUGAUCUCAUCAUGGACAAAGAAAAAAAUCCGUCCCAAGUGACCAUUAUUUCCGAUCGUUUUCAAUCACUAGAAUCGGAAAUUAAUCGUCUAAUCGGUGUGGUUGACAAGAAAAAUGUAACGUUAAAUGAUCUCAAUUUUCAUAAUCAAAAUCUUACAAAAGAAAACAAUGAAAUAAAAAUGGAAUUAUCAAACAUUCGAACCAAUUGUCAUGAUCAACUUUUGAGUCUUAAAAAUUUAUUGCAUAAUGAACCAAACGCGAAUGAUCAGAUAAUCAAUAUGAUUGAUAAGAUCAUCGAGAAUACCAAUUCGAAUCGAGCAAUUUCGAAUGAUCAAGAUGUUUUCAUUGAAAUGAUUGAAUCAAAAUCGAAAUUAUUUCAAUGUGAAAAUGAGCUGCCUUGUUUACGUGAUAAAAAUGAAAUUCUUGAAAAAAUAAUCGAAUCAAAAACUAAUUAUAUGAAUGAUUUGCAAAAAUUUACAAGUGAACAACGUGAAAAACAUGAAACAAUUGUUGAAUCAUUGAAAAAUGAAUUGAAAAUUCAAAAUCAAACCAAUGAUAAGACACGCCUGGAACUUGAAGAUUCACGAUCCAAAUGUCAAACAUUGGAAAUUCAAUUGAAUGAAUCCAAGCAGCAAAUUGCUGGAUUAACCGACAAGCUACAAACCAAUGAAGAAAAUUAUCAAAAAAUACACAAUGAAUUUGAAGAAAAAUAUCAAAUUAAAAUCAAUGAAUGUGAUAAUUUACGAUUGGAAAUUGAACAGUUGAACGCGGUUUUUGAAAAAUCCAAAACAGAAAUGUUGGAAAAAUAUUUGGAAAAAUUCUAUCCAAACAUCUCAAUGUUUAGCCACAUAUUUGAUCGUAAUCGUUCAAUAAGUCAACUUUAUUCACAAUUUUUACAGACAGAAACUAUGAAUAAGAAUCUUGUGAUUGAGAAAUCUGUACUUGAAGAACGUGUUCAAUCAUUGUCCAAGCAAUUAGACGAUAUGGAACAAUCUACUGCAACAUUGAUGAAAGAAAUACAACGCGUGAAACGAAUGGAAGAUAAAAUGCUGAAAAUUGAGAUUGAAAAUAAAGAAUUGGCCAUUUCCUUGAAGUUCUAUAAAAAUUCCGCUCUCUCCCUACACAAUGGUGCAAAAAUGUUUCAUGAUAAUUUUCAGAAUCUUUCCAAAAAAAUCGAUGUCCUUGUUAAACAUGAAACAAAUCAAAUUAAUGAUCAAAACACUGUCCCUGGUGAUGGCAAUGAUGAUUCUACCGGAAUGUUGGCCUUGAAAUAUGUAAUGGAACUGCAGAAUAAAUUUCAGGAAUUUCAUCAACUACAAACUGAAUUUGAAAAGCAAAAAUUGAAUUUUAUAAAUGAAAAACAGAAUAUUAUUGAAAAUGAAAAUCGUAUCGAUCUAUUGACACAACGAUUAGAGAUGUUGGAAAUGGAGAAACAACAAUGGCAAGCUCGGAAUGACUUACUACAUAGUGAAUAUGAAGUACUCAAAAGCUUGAUGGCCAAUAUGAAAACUGAAUCACGUGAUGAGAAAAUUCAAUCACAACGAAUAAUCAACGAUUUACAAGCAGCGAAUGAAUCAUUACGUACGUCUAUAGAACAAUCGAAUGCAAAACUCACUGAAUGUGAUGCCGAAUUGAAAACAUUGAAAUCGAUUAACGAUGAAUUGGAAAGACAACGAAAAUUGCAAUCAGAAAAGCUUGAUUCAAUGGAAAAACAAUCAAAAUCACAAUCGCAACGUUUGAAACAAUUGGAACAAUCAAAUAAUGAAUUACGAAAAAUGAAUGAAACAUUACAACAAUCGAAAGAUAUGGCUGAAAAAAAUUGGCAUAUACUGUCCGAACAAGCAGCGGAUUAUCGUCAACGUUCGCUACGAAUGGAAAUUGAAUUGAAUAGUUGUAAAUCUGAAUUGGAAUCAUUGAAACAACGACAACGAUAUUUUGUGGAACGUUUAUCGUCAUUAUAUAAUGACACUGGACGUACAGACCGUUUGGCAAUUAUUAUUGAAUCGCUCACCGAGAACAAAUGUUUAAUUGAUGAUGAAUUAUUGCAUUCAAUCGGAAGAAUGAAAAUGGAUCAUGAAAAUCUUAGUGAAUCAUUUGAAAAACAACGUGAACAAUGGAAUAAUGAAAAAUUGAUUUUCAUUGAAAACGCUUCACAAUUGGAAACGAAUCUACGAAAUGAGAUAAAUCGUAAUUUAGAAUUGGAAAAUCGGUUUCUAUCACAACAUCAACAACAAGAUAAUGAAAUGGCUGAAAGAUUUGAAGUAUUGACAAAAGAAUUGAAUGAAUUGAAACAAAAACGAUUGACAUCUAAUCACGAAAAUCAAGAAUUAUUACAAGAAAAGUUACGAAUUGAAUCUGAAUUUGCCGUAGUGAAUGCUGAGAAAUCUCGACUUUUAGCCGAAAUAAAUCUUGUAGAAACGGAAUCGAAAAUGAAAAUCAACCAACAACAGUCCAAAAUGACAAAAGAAAUUGAACGUUAUCAACAGGAAUUGCAAGAUUUACAAACAACGGUAUUAAUGGCAAAAAAUUUAUCGAUUGAAAUAUUGGAAAAGAAAAUUGAAAUCAUUACAAAAACCAAUGAAGAAUUACAAAAAGAAUUAUCAUUGAAUAAAAGUGAUAAAUAUCAACACGAAUUACGUUUGUCACAAAUGGAAUUGGAAUCGUUACGAGAAAAAACCAAACGAUUGAAACAGCAAGCAGAUGAAUGGCAAAAACAACAUAAAAAUGAACAAAUAAAAUUGAUCGAAUUGAAAAGAGAAAAAUCAACCGAAUCAAAACGUUAUGAUGAAAGAUUAAAAGCGUUACGAUCAAAUGUGGAACAAUUACACUCGGAAAAAUUGGAAUUAAUCCAAGCAAAUGAAAAACUUAAUCAUGAUCUAGGCCAAUCGAUUCGUUCGUUGCAGAACAAUGAUCCUGAUGUCUCAACGUUAAAAAAUGUGAUUGAAAAUCUAACUGGACAGAAUAAAUCCCUGUUGGAUAAAUUGAAAACAUUUGAUUUGCACGAUGAACGCCACCAGAAUGAAAUGGAUUCACUGCGUAUGACAAUCAUUAAUCUUGAACAAUCUGUCCAACGUGAAAAACAUGAAUAUGAACAAAUGAAACAAUUAUUAAUGAAGCAACAAGAAUGUGAACAGAAAACCAGAAAAUCUACUAUGCAAGAAAAUGAGUUUCAAGAAUAUUUACAAAAAAUUCGUAAUGAUAAUGAUGAAUUAUCACGAAAAUGUCAACAAUUAUCAAUUGAAAUUGAACGUUUACAUCAGGAAGAUUCACGUGAAAAGGUUGCCGAUGCUGGAAUGAUUGCAACAUUACAAUCUCGAUUACAGCAAGCUGAAUCUUAUGCCCAUGAAUUGGAAACAAAACUUUCAGAAUUGAAUGUUAAACAUCAAAAAAGUGAACAAGAAUCUAUUGAAAUUCGGGCAAAAUAUCAACAACAAACACUGGAAUUGGAAUCAUUACGCAAAGAAUUGGCUACAAUGCAAGAAAAAUCUAGCAAACAACAUGAUGAAUCAGAAAAACAAAUUGAAUCAAUUCGAAAUGAGCUAUCCUCUUUACAGACUAUGAAUCAUCAAUUGAAAAAUCUGGCACGUAAAUAUAAAUCACAAUGUGAACAAUAUCAAAAACAACAGCAGCUACAACAAUCUGGUUCUAAAGAUAAUCAGCAACAACAACAACAACAGCUCGAUACGGAUAAUAAGAAUGAAUUAGAAACACGUAUUCAAAAUCUUCAAAGUGAAAAUGAAAAAUUACGUGAAAAAAUUGAACAAUUAGAACAAGAAAUCAAUCAACUUCAACAACAAGCUGAACAAUCUAGGCAAAAAGCACGAUCAAUUGGACAACAAGCAAAAAAUCGUUUAUCAAAUAUGGAUAAAUUAUUAAAUGAACGUGAUAAAGAAAUUAAUUUUCUACGAUCAAUUUUAUCGGAUAAAUCGAAAAUUAUGGAUCCAUCCAGUAAUGUAGUUACUGGUGAUCAACCAUCGAUUGCUGGUAGUAGUCACAAUAACACUGGUCAAUCGGUUAGCUCGACAAUUGUAUCAGCAUCAUCCAAUCAUAAUUUACAUCGACAACAACAACCAAGUACAUCUUCAUCAUCAUCAUCAUCAACGACAACGAUGACAUCGACAACAAAGAUAUUGAAUCUAAUAAAUCGUCAUCAACCAACAUCUAGUUCUGGUAGCCAUAAUGAUGAUCAUGAUUUGGAUAAUAAUCGUUUACAAUCAGCACAAAUAUCGUCACAUACAACAUCAAUGAUGGAUGAUAAUUCUAUGGAGUCAAUUCAAUCAUCAACAUCAACAUUUUUUCCAGCAACAACAAACAUACCAUCAACAUCAUCAAUGAAUAAUCUUCAUAAACGAAGAUUUCAAUCAUCAUCUAAUGAUGAUCAUCCAGAUAUUGGCCUAAAGAUUGCUAAAAAGAAACGUAAUGAUAAUAAUACCGGCAGCAGCAGUAAUAUGGUAGAUUCUGGUAAUCAAAUGGUUACUAUUCAACAACAACAACAACAACAAGAAUCAUCACACCAGCAAUCAUUAGAUAAUCCAAAUUCUGAUGGUAAUGAUGAAGAAGAUGAAAUGCAAGAAGAAGCUGGACAAUCAUCAUCAUCGAAUGUCAUACAAAUUGAUGAUGAUGAUGAUGAUGAUGAUAAUGACCAAAUUGAACAAAAUAAUGAACAAGAACAAAUUGUUGAUCAGUCACAUCAACAGCUUGAACCAGAAGAUCAAGAAGAAGAUCAUCAUACUGAAUCCAAUGAUGGUUCAUAUCCAUUUGUUGUCAACGCUUCAUCCAGUAAUAAUAAUAAUGAUGAUAAUAAUCAAUGAGUGGCGAAAAAUUUUUGAUUCAAAAAUUUUAUUCGAUCUCUCAUUUUUUUUUAUUUUUACAAAGAAAUAAUGAUAAUAAUGGUGGAACUUGUUGAGAAUUUAGCAAGAGGCUUGGAAG